GUAAUAACUUAUAUCACAGAAGAUUAUGAUUCUUGUAUAAAUUAAUAGUGCCUAAGAAUCAAAAGCAACAAAAAGACCCAAGCAAACUAGAACAAUAGAAAAACAUGGAAAACCAGAGAAUUAGCUCAAAAAACUAUGUCUCGGCUUGGAAUUUGGGAGGUUUAGUUGUCACUCAAAUGGCUCUAAAAGCUGCAAUCGAACUCAAUGUCUUCAAUAUCAUAGCCAAUUCAGGACCUGGAGCUCAUGUCACAUCAAAAGAAAUUGUAUCUCAAAUCUCAACCACGAAUCCAAAUGCAGCAGCUGAGAAUUUGAAGCGAAUAUUAAGAGUCCUAAGUGUGCAUUCUUUGUUAUCUGUAUCUCAAAGGCCAAGCUCAAGUGGUAAGACAGUACUAGAAGAGACUUAUGGUUUAACAAAGGAUACUCUUUGCCUAGUUCCAAAUGAAGAUGGAGUUUCCUUAGCUCCAUUUAUUAUGUUAAUUUCUGAUAUGACCACUGUGAAAAGUUUGUCCAUGCUUAAAGAAACAGUGCUUGAACCUGGGAGCUGUCCUUUUAACAAGGCUCAUGGUGUGUCCGCAUAUGAGUACGUGUCUGAGAAACCUGAGCUGAGCCAAUUAUUCAAUAAGGCUAUGGGCCAAAGUUCCAUCCUCGAUUUUGAAGAGGUGUUAAAUGUUUACAGAGGUUUUGAAGAGGUAGAAGAGUUGAUGGAUGUUGGAGGAGGUAAUGGAACUACAAUUGCCAAAGUAGUCUCUAGGUAUCCACACAUUCAUGGGAUUAACUUCGAUUUACCUAAUGUUGCCGCUCAAGGAAUUGCUAAAUACCAAGCAGAUGCAGGUGUGAAACAUGUUGGUGGAGAUAUGUUUGAGUUGAUACCAAAUGCACAGUCCAUUAUGUUGAAGCGGGUACUUCAUAAUUGGGACGAUGAUGUAUGCAAGAAAAUAUUAAAACGUUGUUGGGAAGCAUUACCAGAAAACGGGAAGGUAAUAGUUGUGGAAUUUGCAAUACCAGAAAUAGUGGAGAAUACCACAGAUUUAAAGAAAAUAGUGACAUUAGACGUUAUUAUGAUGGCUUGUCACGGCAGUAGAGAACGAACAACUGCUGAGUUUGACGAUCUAUUGAAAGCUGUAGGAUUCGGUGAAACGAAGAUUUUUCCGAUUUCGCAUGGUUGUUUUGUUAUGGAACUUCACAAACUUAAAACAUAUUAGAUAGACACAUGUCUUUCUCUUUUUAGGUAUAUGAAUAAAUUCAUGAGUCUCUCAUAUGCUUCAUGCAUAAGAGUAAUCAUACCGCUGAUUUUUAGUAAACCAUAAAACAAGUUUUAUUCAUUUUGUUGGUGGGAUGUACAACCCAGAAUGUGUCUAUUUGUAACUCUAUGUCCUUUGAGGUUGGUUCCUACAUCUCAUUGUACUUGGUUCCGAUCUCCCACUU